UAGCGUGUGGGAGGCGCGGCUGGGUUGCUACAGCCAGAGCUGGGCGGCGGCGGCGGCGGCGGGCGCUGCCGGAGGAGCCCGAGGCGCUGCGCCAUGGAGGGGCUGGAAGAAAAUGGAGGUGUUGUCCAAGUUGGAGAACUGUUGCCCUGCAAGAUUUGUGGAAGAACAUUCUUUCCAUUGGCACUGAAAAAGCAUGGACCCAUUUGCCAGAAAACUGCCACUAAAAAAAGGAAGACUUUCGAUUCCAGCAGGCAGAGAGCUGAAGGCACUGAUAUUCCCACAGUCAAACCUCUUAAACCCAGGCCAGAACCACCAAAGAAGCCAUCUAAUUGGAGAAGAAAGCAUGAAGAAUUCAUUGCCACCAUAAGAGCAGCAAAAGGCCUUGAUCAGGCACUUAAAGAGGGGGGCAAACUUCCUCCUCCUCCUCCACCUUCCUAUGACCCUGAUUACAUUCAGUGUCCAUAUUGCCAGAGGAGGUUCAAUGAAAAUGCAGCGGAUAGACAUAUCAAUUUUUGUAAAGAACAGGCAGCACGUAUUAGUAAUAAGGGCAAAUUUUCUACUGAUUCCAAAGGAAAGCCAGCUUCUCGGCCACAGUAUAAGCCAUCUCCACUUAAAAAAUCAAAUUCUCCUGGAACUGCAUCAUCAGGAUCUUCCCGACUACCACAACCAAGUACUACUAACAAAACUGUUGUAGGUGUGCCUUCGGGUAAAGCAUCUUCAGUUAACAGUUCUCUGGGAAACAAACUUCAGACCUUAUCUCCUUCUCAUAAAGCAAUAGCAGCCCCUCAGGCAGGUAAGAUGGACAAGUUAGGCCCUCCACUCCGAACUGGAAGACAUGUGCAAAGGUUGUAUGCCAAUGACACAAAGUCAGACAGUGCCUUCAAAAGACAUGAGUUAUUUCCAGUUUACAAAGCUAACAUCAAACCUCGAAAUACUACACCUCCUAGCUUGGCAAGAAAUUCUGGGGCAGGUGUGCUUACCAACAAAAGAAAAACGUUUACUGAGAGCUAUGUAGCCAGGCCAGAUGGAGACUAUACAUCUUCAGUUAAUGGUGGAAACAUUAAAGGCAUUGAGGGAAAUUCAUCUGGACACUUACCCAAAUUCUGCCAUGAGUGUGGGACAAAAUACCCUGUUGAGUGGGCAAAGUUCUGCUGUGAAUGUGGCAUUCGAAGAAUGAUUCUGUGAACCAACUCUUACCAGUUGAGGGGCGAGGCUCAGAAUUUGAUGAUUAUUGCUGCUUUGACACCCAGGGCACUUCUAGUUAGUUGUGCUAAAGCUAUUUACAGUACCCUUUCCCUUAGUCUGUGGAGCAUAAUCCUUUGGCUGUAUAAUGUGUUUGUAUAUAUAUAUGUAUGUAUAUAUAUUCUGUAUAUAAUAAAUCUGAUUUCUUCAGCCUGUGCAUUCAAGGAAAUACUUAAGUACAUGUCAAAACCUAAGUUGAUAUGAGAUCGUUGUCUUGGGUAUUGCUCUUCAGUUGUUUAAACACAUUAGUAUACUUGCACAAGCAUUCCUACUCUAGUGAUGAGCCUUACAAGCUUUAGGAUAACCACAUCUCUGAACAAGAAAUCAGAAGAGAUGCUGAUGUUGAUGCCUAUGACCAGUAGCAUCAUAGAGAAUGGGAUACUGGAGUUUCUGCUAUUAAGAGAAUGUUGUUUAGUCAUUAUCAGUUGAUGUGAAGUCAUUUUCCCAGCUGAACUCUUCAGCAACUAGUGUUAAAUUCCAAAAAAAAAAAAAUGAUGAAAAGGAAAAUCUUAGGUCCAUAUUGCUGGUAACUUCAUGAAUUAUUAAUUACAUAACCUAAUUAAAUUAUUGAACAUAUACUCAUUCUGUGAACAUAUAAUUAUGCAAUCUCCUUUUCAGAAAUGACUGGGCAUAUAAAUGUAUUUUACUCUGCUUAUAACUGAAUGAUUAAUUUACCUCCAUCUUGUUUGAACACAUUUUCUCUCCACUUCCAAUUGUGUUCUGAGAUUUUAUUUUUCCUUCUUUUGGCAUAACUCCUUUGAAGAGUAGUUUUAGUUUACUACUACAGUCUUAGCAGUAUUAAAUAUAAAAUUAUUUAAGGUUUUUUUUUUGUAAAAUCUUACAUGUUUAAACAUUUUAUUUGUGUAUGGUAUUUAUAGAAAAUUAAUACAUUUUAAAACAAAUUACCCUUCCCAAUAAAUAAUAAUUGUGGUACUCAUUAAUUCUGAGCAUGCAGGCGAAGCUGUUUUUAGUUCCUCAUGGUUCAUAUAGUUAGUAGUACAUUGAAAGAAUAUCUAGUUUUCCUAUUCAUAUUUCCUUUAGUGCUUACCAUUGAAAUAACAUAUAUUACACUUGACUACAAUACGUUUUGAUCGUUCUUUCACUCUAACAGCACUCACUGGCAGGCCGCUUUGGCAGAGUAUGUUCCACAGUCCUGUAGUAAUAGCUGUUCAGUCUGAACUUUACCUUACAAGGGUACCAAUAGCAUUUUUUGUGUGGCUGUGGUUCCUGCCUUGCUUGUUGUUUCUGAUUAAGGAUGGAUGUAGAAAUUCAUUGCUUAGAAUUUCAUUUCUGAAAUUUAUCCGCUUCUGUUUUAUUUUAAUUUGUGGAGGGAUUUUAAACUUGUAAUGAGUCAUCAUUUUGUUCACCUAAUACUUCCUUUCUUGUUAUUAGAUUUUCUCCCUUGUUUAUUCUAUUUGGUCAUAUUGAUAAAUUCAAAACCAGUCAGCUUAAAUAAGUAGUAAUGAAUUUAGAAGACUAAUAAAACAAUUUAGAUUUUCAUUUUAGUAAUUCCUUUUUUGUUUAAUUGGUUAUAAAUAUAUGAAGAACUUUUAAUUCAACUUUAGAAAUGAGCACUAUUUCUUUCAAUUGUAUUUUUAACUUAUAUAAUCUUUUAUCCUACUUAAAGAGUGGGUGGAUAAAUCGUUUUUAAAUAAACAGACAUGUAUGUCAUUGACUUCUACAGUAGCCAGUGUUAAAAGCAUACUACAGAGAUAAGCUGAUCAAACACAGUCAGUUCCAGAAACUAGUGAUCACUGUAGACAGUAAGUUGGUGAAAUACACAUUUGAAAUAUGUUACAAUUUUAACAGAUUUCUAUGGUCCAUAUUUUACUCUCAUGUUGAUGUGUUGUGCAAUAGUUUUUUUUUAUUCUUCCUAUGCACCAUUCAUUUUUAUUUAUUUGCACAAUUAUUUGCAAGUGUGAUAGAAUGAAAAGUGAUUGUAAGGUUAAAUUAAGAUGGAAUAUUGCUUAUAGAUUAUUCUGAAAGUUAUUCACUUGAAACAAAUAAGACCAUUGUGACCGCUGUUGUCUCUUAUUCACUGUUUUUUAAAUUAUAAAUGAUAUAUUCAUUUUGAAUCAAUAAAGACACAAAACAUAAA